AUACACAUAUGUGUGUGUAUAUGUGAGUUUGUAUGUGUUUGUGUAUUCCCCACAUGGAAAAUUUACUACACCAUAAACGCAGUCUUAAAUUCCAAAGAAUCAAUAUCAUGUAUGCUGUAUUCUCUGACCAUAAUCAAUUAACACUAGAAAUUUUAAACAGGAAAAUAAGCAUAGUUUACAUAAUCCUAAAUGUAAGGUUUUAUAUUAAUAAAUAAUCCUUGGAUUAAAAGGGGAUUAUGAGGAUUGAGGUAAGAUGGCAGGUUUAUGAUGAGUGACUGUCAGGGAUGAAAAUAGGUAUGCCUGGAAGCAGAAUUUAAAAGCAGUUUCUCUUCAGAUCAUCUUCUUUCAUACCACCUGAUAAGCAUCUUGAGUCACCAUGGUAUUAGCAGCAGUAAAACGGGAGAUAUCGAACAGAACUAUCUGGAAACAUUUAUUUCCAAUUCAAAACAGGGCUUUAUAUUGUGUUUGUCAUAAACCUACGUGUUCUCCUCUUCCAGAUGACCAUAAUUAAGUAGAGUUUGCUUUGACAUCUGAUGACAGGAUGACAGUAUGCUACCACCCUUCUGUGGACAUUCCGUAUGAACAUACAAAACCUACCCCACGGCCAGAUCCUGUGCAUAAUAAUGAAGAAACACAUGAUCAAAUGCUGAAAACCAGAUUACAAGGAAAAAAUGAACACUUUGAGCAAGAACCUAUGAUAGAACAACGUAGCAAAAUGUUCUUUACUAAGCAUCAUUUGUGUCCUCGUGGACAGUAUCAUAGACAUUGUAGGAAACUGGAUCCUCCAAAAGACAGAUGAUAUUGAGGUUUUCAGUAAUCAAAGAGAUGUUAUCUUGUGUCUUAUUUGCCAUAUGAGGAAAUGCAAUUGAGUAUAUUCACUGUUAUGUAGCAAAACAAUAAUAAAAUGUCUUUUUAUAUAUUAAAAAAAGGGGGAGGAUCAUGAAAGGAAUUACGAAGUUUUAGGACUUAAACAACAAUAAAACCUCACAAGUUACUGUUUGUAAGACACAGCUAACAUAGUCCUUUGAUGGAAAUGUGUAGUUUCAAGUAAAUUUACCAGAACACAGAAAGGUUGAAAACAAAUAGGCUAAACAUUCAGUUGAAGGAGUUGAAAAUGUAGCAGAGAGAAUACAAAGAAGCCAACUGAAAGAAACAAGGAAGAAGAAUUAACAACAUUAAAAAA